ACUAUUACUGAAAUUACUGAUAAAUUGUCCGACAAUGCUUCAGAAGAAAUGGACGAAGCCUCCAGAUCCGACUCUGAAACACCAAAUUUGUUAAGAGAUAUAUCCGGAAUCAAUAGAUCCCAAAGAGCUUCGAAGUCCAUUAGCUGGGGUGUUAAUGUUACACGAGAGUACGUUAAAGAUAGCACGGUCCCAGCGAAUACUUUGAUCACACCAUCUACCCCACCUCGAAGUAUUCUUAAGCGCAGGCAUGGUUACGAAGAGGGUGCUGAUUAUGAAAUUUAUAGAAUGUCCAAUUUAGCUUUAUUAAAGCCUGCGAAAAAGUUUCGUGAAGACAAAAAUAAAU